AUGCGGUCGGUUACUUUGGUCAAGUCGCAGGGUCGCUCUCCAAAGCCAUCAUCACCUUCACCGACAGACGAGGAGUCCGUCACAAUUGGGGUGUUUGCCAUCAUGGUCAGGCGCGCUCUUGUGGGGAGCCCUUGGCCGUUUCCCUGGUUGGAAAGCACCUCAGACGCGGCGAGGGUACAGCAGCUACAACCACCAACACCACCACCACCACCACCCACACAGUUCAAGCACGUGGCUCUUCUGGCAACUCAUUUCGGCGGCGCCAUCGCGGGCCUGUCGCCAACGACGGGUAGCCGAUCCCUCCCCGUUCGAGAUAGAUGA